AUGCUCUUCGGCAGUCGGCUUGCUGUGGUUUCCUCAGUACUGGUGAGCACUAUCGAGGCGAUCAAUAUUCCUCCACGAACGGGUCACUACCGGUAUCAAGUCGGGAUCAACAAGCAUGUCAUUGAGCACCUCAACGCGAAUGACCCUACGGCCUCCGGCAACGUCAGCCCAUCGUUUCUGGCGACGAUAUUCUACCCCACAGCGGCAUAUUCCCAUGGCGCCUCUACGCCGUAUCUGAACCCUGGACUGGGGUCGCUGUAUGAAGCGCGGUGGAACUUCACCCCUGGGCUGCUGGCGUCGCUCACCUCGACAGUCCAGAAAGACGCGCCCUUCUUGUCAGCUGGGGACCAGACGCUCUUUUCGACGUUGCUAUUUGGGGGCGGCGGGGGUGGACAUGCGACAGAGUGUUACACGAUACUUGUCUCGGAGCUGGCUUCGCAUGGCUAUACCGUCGUCGGUCUUGACCACCCUUGGACCACCCCGCUCAUUGAAGAGGUCUACGCAAUGCGCAUGCAAGAUACGGCCGUGUUUUUGGACCACCUGCCCAAGCUCGCGGAGGAGCUUGAGGCGCCCUUCAACACGAGCUACGUAGGGGCGUUCGGCGGCUCCUUGGGCGGCGCCGCUGCAGUCGGGUCGGCGUACGAUGACGAGCGCAUUCUCUCGGCCAUCAACAUGGAUGGAACUUUCUUUGGAAGAGCCGCGGUUAGCACCAGCGACGCAGACGUACAAAAACCGACCCUUAUGCUCGGGAUGGAGGGACACACCGGCGUGAACGCUUCGUUGGAUAUCACGUGGGGAACCUUCCCACGCUGGCAAACGGACUACUUCAGGAAGAUACUCGUGAAAGGGGCUACGCACAGGGACUUUAGCGACAUCACCUUUUGGAAGACCGUUAGAGGAUCGGUCAGGGAUGCCGGGCCCAUCAACGGGACACGUCAGGUCGAGACCAUGAAUGCGAUCGUAAGAGCGUUCUUCGACUUCACGCUGCUGGGCAUACCCUCGCCCGUCCUAGACGCGCCCUCUAAAGAAUUUCCGGAUCUAAUCUUCCAUGGGAGAAAUAAACCUACGUGA